GCCGGCCCUGACAAAGACCACCAAUUCGAUCUAUGGAUCAUUUUUACUGUCCUUCUUUUUCGGGCAGUGAAAUCUUUGAGACCAGAACUAGACCGAGAUAGCCGCACGAAAUGUGCCUUAAGAGACCUUGCGGCUAGAAUGAUCCCUUUCAGCACCCGUACCUCAUCUCGACACAAACACAAGGUAGAAAUCUACAGGAUUCACAGACCGGCUCCAAUGGCUAUUCAUGCCGGAUCUUUCUAUAGCCGCGGCGCACCGUUUCUGAUUCAUUAGGAAUUGUUGUACCUCUGAUGCCACGAGCUGCAUUUGGUUCCAAUCAUUGCUCCGAGUAUGCGAGUACAAACGGCAGCGUGCACUAUAAAAUCUUGCGCAGUUGCACAGGGCGAUCAUCAGAGAUCCCAUUUCGGUUCGAAUCUACCAACAGCAUGCCGUCUGCAGCCUGCAAGUUUCUUAGACUUGCUGGCCAUCUUCUAUGUCUUUUACUGCCUCACAUGUUCGGAUGUUGACCCAUGGCUCUUACUCGAUAAUACACACUUGCUCUAUAGUUGGAAUAGCCAAGUAUAACUAUAUCCACGGGAUGUCAGUGUCACGGCCCAUCCGGGGCAGACGAGAAGUCUCACACAUCUACCAUUCCUCCGGCUCGGCACUGUCAUGACCUGGUCACCCUGUAUACCAAACAGGUGCAACAGUCUCACUUGGUCGUUCUUGGUGAUAUGGCCGGGUCCGUCUCGAGGCUGCGCCAUGGUCAUACGCACGAACUCUUAUUAAACACUGAUAUGCAAACAGAGUCAUGAGAUAGAGAGUAAGAAAGACUCGGGGUCAACUCGUCCUCAGAGAGGUCAAACUUUUCUUCAAGCAUCAGGAGAACCUACACUAUAAACCCAAGAGUAAACAUUAGCAAACAGUUGCAACAUCUCAGAAUGAGGCAUCGAUUCUCAUUAACCUGGCCGGUGCCAGCAGCACUCGCCAGCCUCUUGCCAUUCUCCCUAUUCCUGUUGCUCCAGUUCAUCACCCUUGCCACCGCACAAACCAACCCCCAAGCUCCUCCUCCACACUUGCCAGAGCGGACAUACCUCGACACCGUCUGCAGGCCGCCAAUCCUCCACAUGGGGGACGUGGUCGCGCCUUGCAUCUCCAUCGAAACGACCGAGGCGCUCUGCUACCCAAACGGCACGACGGCCCUGCACCUGGAUGCGCACGCCCAGUGCCUCUGCCGGGGCUCCUUCUUCGCUGAGUGGACCGCCUGCCGCGCCUGCCUGUCCCUGCACGGCCUGCUCGACGACGCCGACCGCUCCUUCUACCAGGCCGUCGCCAUGUCCGCAUCGUCGGUCUUGUGCGGCUUUCUGACGGAACCAGCAGCGGCGCCUGCGCCGACGACCAUCUUCAAGGCAAUCUUCAGCUCCAUCGCGGCUACGCUGCCGGGUCGUUCUGCCAGCGGUCAAGGCGGGAGCCUCGCCGCCACAGCAGCUGGAGCUGCAAGUCCAGGCCCCGACGACAAGGCUCCCUAUCAGACCGAGGUACGUCUGUAUUAUACGGCGAGCGGGCCGCAAGGACCGGGUCCUAUCACGGGGCCCGCUACAGCUGCCACUGCGACUGGCCUGCAGUUGGAUACCGGCACGCCGACUCUUCCCGGCGCUCCUGGUCCGGAGACUUUGUCACAAUCUGGUGCAGUGGGUUCCGUUGGCCCGAAUGGCACGGAAGCAGUGGCCGGCUCGACAUCGACACCGUCUUCUUCUGCCGCUAUUGCAAAUUCCUGGAGGGGGCUUCGUUGGAUGCCUGCUAUCAUUCUGGUAGGAGUGGCAGGUCUAAUUAUGUAACGGGUAUGACACGCCACCGAACAUUACGUAGUCUGUCUUUCACGGGUUUGAGAAAUCGCUCUCAUCUCCAAACGUCGGGUCUCUCUUGUAGACUUGACGGCUUAUGAAAUUCACUACAUAGCUCUCUACUUUGCCCAGAAAAAGGAUAUCACUAUUUCUGUCCUGUUGCUCGAGCCUUCCUUGCAGCAUGUGUUAGCUGACCGGAGGCGUAUGAGUGAAUACAAUCAGACCACUUUACUCGGGCAUGUGAGUAAACGGC